GCCCUCGUGGCAAGCACGCAGAGAAGUUCCCACAGUGAUCUUGGAGGACUUGCGCUUGCGCGAAGGCCUUCCGAUCGGUUCUUUGAGGCCUUUCAUCAUGGACUUCCCGCAGCAGAGGAUGGGAGGAUCGAUGGGCAUCCAAAUAGAUGGAAUGCUCGGCAUGGAGUUUUUCGAGCGGUUUGCGAUGGAAGUUGAUGCAUCGGCUCUUCGAUUGUACGAGGCAGACUGUGGAGAGAAGAUAGCCGUCGCAAACGACAUGGUCACACUGACGACAGUUCCUUUGCCUGCCCGUCUUCUUGGAGUUCAUCUCGGGCUGCCUGGGUCAGACCAUUGUGUCUGUGGAGUCAUCGACACAGGAGCAUCCUUCACGGUUUUGAAUUGGGCUGCUGCCAAGAUGCUGCUCAAUCUCGUGGAGGCGGAUGCUCAGGAAAUGCUCAGUGCAAGAGGAGGUGUCAGCUCCGUGGAUGCCAGGGGCCAGGAGCUUCUAAUGCCCACCGUCCCGGAUCUGAGCCUACAGCUGCGCGGUGCGGGACGGGCUCCACGUCGCACCUGGGAUGCAGGCCCAGUGGAGGUCGCCAUUGGGGACGUGGCAAGCUUUGAACAGAUCUUCGGGCAGGUUGUCAAGCCCUGCGCCUUGAUCGGGCAGGACCUUCUGACACAAGCGCCGAUGCUUCUGGCGGCUCGGCAGCGCCUGCUCUGUCUCUCGGAAGUGAGCCCAUUCCCCGCCGUGUUGCGAUGGCAUCGAUCGUCUAGCACCUGGGCCUCAAGGCAGCCUUGCCGUUCUAUGGCAAGCCAGGAGGCCAAGGGCAUGUUUGCAUCCCUCUCCACUGCCAAGCUCGGCACUUUGAAUCUUGGGGCACUUGAGACUGCAGCCUCCCAGCACAACUUGCAGGUGCUCGAUCUCAAGGACCACAAGAUCUCAGCGAUUCCGGCACAGGUCCUGAGUGCUUUCACGCACGUCAAGGUUCUAGAUCUUCGCAAGAAUGCGCUGGAGGAGCUGUUGCCAGACAUUCGUGUGAUGAGUCAGUUGGAGGACCUGCUCUUGGAUCAGAAUCGUUUGAGGGAGAUCCCGGACGAGGUCUGCCUUUUGCCACACCUGAGGGGGCUAUCUCUGAGCCAGAACCUCUUGAAGAUGCUGCCGAAGGCUGUGGGAUCCAUGAAGUCACUGAAGAGUCUCAGCCUAGGUGACAACUUCCUGGAAGAGAUUCCGGUAGAGCUUGGACAGUGCAAGGAGUUGCAGACCCUCUACUUGCACCACAACAGCUUCACAAGCUUACCCUCCAGCCUGUCGGCGCUGGAAAAUUUGCAAGAGCUUGCCUUGGAAUGGUUCAGGUACACUACUCCGCCACUACCACGCGUGAUAAAGGGAGCCGAGUGGCAGCGCAUCAUCGUGAAGCUCAGAGACCUUUGUCGCGAGAAGAAAGACAAGGAUGCUCGUGUGAGCUGUAUAGAGGUCCUGUCGGAGUUCUCGCAGAAGGCCUUCGAUCCGAAUGCAAUCGACUCCAAAAGGAGAACUCGGUUACACGUGGCCUGUCUCGAGGGACACGUUGGUGUAGCCCUGGCUCUGGCCGAGAACGGGUCGAAGUGCGAUUCCUUGGACUGUGAGGGCUACUCGCCGCUGCUUGUAGCGGUCCGCGAGGAGCAUCCCGACAUCGCCAAUGCCCUUGUGAGGGUGGGGGUUGACGUGAAUCGUGGCGGGGGUCUGUUUGGCUCGCCACUUCACGUGGCCACGGUCAACUUUGACCCGCAGAUGGUGAUGUUACUUAUUCGUGGAAAAGCUGAUGUCAAUCAGACCGAUGCUGAUGGAAACGCCCCUCUGCAUGUUUUGAUGUCGGUUUUCGACAAGGGUGGUAAGCGAGCCGCGGCCAUUGGCAAAAUCUUGUUGCAGCACAACGCUGAUUGCAACAUGAUGAACAGCGACAAGUGGGCGCCGCUUCACCUCGCUGCUCGACGAGGCCAAUUGCGUGGGAUUGCGUUCGUGCUAAGUAACUUGGACUCCUUCGACGCUGCCUGCCAGAAGGGCACCUGUUCUCACCAGUCCAAGAAGCCAAAGGGCAGCAGAGUGCGGACGUGCCCGCAAGUCUUCGAUCUGAAUCUGAGGGGUGGCUCGCACCUCUGGACACCUCUUCACUUGGCUGGGCAUGCAUGUCAUGUCAAUGUCGUCCAGGUUCUCAUCGAGGCUGGAUCUGACGUUUUUCUACGGAAUGUGGACGGCCGAACUGCAAGGCAUGUCUCCCGUGGUAAUUUGGCCAUCUCCAAACUCUUGCGGAAGGCGGAGGACGAGUGGCUCUGGUACCGCAUACAUCAAGGCUUUGCUGACAUGAAGGAGACAGUGAAACCUUUGGGAGAUGUCAGUGCAGCCACCGAGCCAUCACCAGACAUCGUGGUCUCUUCACCUCGGAAUACCUCGGCAGCUGCGCGGGACUCGGACGAGCUGCUGGAGACUUUCAGGGUAGAGGAUGAGGAAGAAGAUCCCAUCGAGGAAAUCGCUAAAACUGUCGAAGGUCCCGCAAAGAAAGGCUCCGGGCCUACUGCGCCACAAGGACCUCCCGACCCGGGCAGAGCUCCGAUACCGCAGCUGAGAACAGCUUCGAGGCCAAAAAUGCAGCGAAUCACGGAGAAGUGCCAAGACUCCUACUUUUCGAGGGAGGAGCUCCAUGCGCUCCAAACCCUGAACUUCGCAAAGCCUGUUGGUGAAGGACCACAAGCGUUCAUCGAUAUCCUCCACAAGCUCUUGCAAAAGGGGCCAAAGGAGCGCCUCCCGUACCUUCUGUCGAAAGCAUGGGUCAAGGAGCUUAUACCGGAAGUCCUGGAGAACGAAAAAUAUCACCACGUCCUCCUGAGCCCUGACCUCGUGUGCAACGAGGACUUCCUCAGGAUGAUCGUGAGCAACCUGCCGCAAGACAGGCUGACCAUCCUCGGGAGGAUGCGCAACAACGACCAGGACACGCUGCUGCACGUCGUGUGCAAAGGCAUGCAUGCAGCCAGCCCUGGUGCCGACAUCCUCUCCUUCCUCCUUUCCGCCUGCCCCAAGGGGACGUUUGACCUCGAGGCUCGAGACAUGCGAGGGCAGACCUCCCUUCACCUUGCUGCGCAGAACGGAGACCUGGGAUUGGUGCAGGUCUUGCUUGACAACAACUGCCAUCCAAAUUCCCAGGAGGAGACGACCGGUUGGACGCCGCUGCACUUUGCUGUGUCAAAGGCUCACUACAGCGUUAUCCUGCAGCUGCUUCAGCAUGCCGAGACAGACGUCAACCAGGUUGACAAGUUCGAGUGGCCUCCCAUCCUUGAAGCCUGCUCCAGGUUGGAUGCCAGAGCGACGUCCCUCUUAGUCAACGGCCGGGCCAACCUCGCGUUCCGGAGCCAGCACCAGUUCGAUGUGCUGAAAGCUGUGGAUACAUCCAAGAAGGACUUGGCAGCCAAGCGAUGGAUGUCAUGCCUUGUGGUCUCAAACGGCUUCCGGUUUCAGGAGUCGUCCGUCCAGCUCACGGCCGAGGACCGGGAGACCUUGCACCGAGAGCAGGCGUACUUCAAUACCCGUUCCAUCCCAGCAACGCAUCCUCCAUUCUUCGUGCCGGAUCAUUUGGCACCGCGAUGCCACAGCUGCAAGGCAGAUAUCAUUGUAGAAGUUGCGGACUUGUGCUUUGUGGCGGUGCAUGAAGCGUGGCCCGACGGGGCAGGAGCCGGCAACACAAGUCAAGCGGCAAAAGGAGAUGGAUGCUGCUCCUUCAGCAUCUUCGGAGAGGGAGCACCUCAUGCUCAUGAAG